AUGGCGACCGAACACGAAGGAGAUAUGAGUGAAAUUUCGAGCCUUACUGACUCUAGCGACGAAGGCAAAAAGGUGGUGGAAGAGGUUGUCGAAGCAGUGGAAGAGGUGGACAAACCGGCAUACUCCGAUGAGGAUUUGGAAACGUUGGUGGGAUUCAUUCGUGGAAUGAUUAUCCUGUUCGACUACGAGGAUGAUGAUUUCAACGAAGAAGUGGCCGAAACGAUCAAACUAUGGUUGACCGAUGCCAACAAUCCGCUACUCUUUAUCUUUUACGAUGGCAACCGACUGUCAGCUUCGCUAGCGUUCCCGCUGUGUCCCAUCAACGAUCUGAUGUACUUUAUGCGUGAACCGGAACAACUGUUUAAUGUGCUUGAGUGUUUCCACGAUGACAUCCUGUUCGGGACGCUCCAUGGUGAUAUUGAAGGUUCGUUGCUAGUUCAACUAGAGCAAGUGUACGGACCGAUGAUACUGUCGAAUGUGGACUGGUCGGAAAAUGUAAAGGCGAACAUGAUCAAUGGCUUCAAUGCGUUCAUGACGUACUUAACGGAGCUACACUAUAAGCUGUCCGGCUUUACGUUACUGUACGUACCGCGCGAGGGAAGCGAUAUGGAGAUACAGGAGGUGGUGUUGAAUCGAUCGAUGAUAAAGCGUCUUGAGGCGGUGGUGAUUGAUUGGACUGGGCAGAUACGAGCAACACUCAGCGAUACGCAACAUUUCGUUCCGGAUGAUCUGGUAUGCCCUUCGGACGAGUAUAGCUUCUGGCUUUAUAGACAUGAAGUACUUUCGGCUAUAAGACUGCAGUAUAAGGGACCCAAUGUGCAGCACAUAGUUCGCAUACUAGAACUGGCUCAAUCGCUCUACAUAAAACAUCUCAAGGACGUGCUGGAAGAUCUGGACAAGGAAAUCGAAAUAGCGGAAUCUAAUAUUCCCUUUCUGAAGUUACUGGUGGAUCCGUGCUUUGCGAUCGGAACUCUGGAGACGGCGGAUGACUUUUGCUCGCAGCUGAUCUACGUCAUGCACAUCAUACGCUUCAUCGGGCAAGAUUCGAACUAUCUCAAUAGGGAUGAAAGCAUCACGAAACUGUUUCUGUAUCUAAGCAACGAAAUCGUAGCAUGCUGCAUGCGUGGCAUCGAUAUUGAUCGUAUACUGGCAGGAGCGCCCCGGUAUGGCAUUGAGGUUUGCCGAAUGAAAAUUAACUGCUGUGAAUCGUAUAAGAUCAUCUACGAGGAGAUGUUGGAGCACUUUAAGGGGGAGUUCACCUGGAAUCUGGACUAUGCCGCUAUCUUCAAUCGCAUCAAUGCGUUCCUGCAGCGUUUGAACGACAUUCUGGAAAUCUGUGACGCAAUGCUAAUCUUUGGCAAGUACGCGGAAAGUACGGCCUACACCUCGUACCGGUUCUUUUGCAACAAUGCGCAAGAGUUUGAACGGCGCUGUGAUCAGGUAGAGAAGAUCUUCCACAACGCCCUAGAAACGAUCGAAUCCGUCGGUAGUACGAUACUGGACAUUAACAAUAAGGACUGGUAUCGGUACAUUGGCGAGUUUCGAGAAAUGCUAAAGAGUCUAGAUGACAUCAUAGAAAACCUGCUUUCGAACGUGUUCUUGAUGUCGGAAAAUUUGGAGGAAAAACUGAACGUACUCGUGACGCUGCUUAACUUUUACAAGCGAGAAAACAUUCGCGAAAGUUUCAUGCGCAAAAUCGGUGAAGUGUGGAGUAUGCUCAAUGAGGAGAUAAUGCAACUUUCGAAGGAUAUAUCCGCUGGUAUAACAGAAUACCCGGCACUGUUGCCUCCCCAUGCGGGACGGUACGCUGUGCUGAAGAUGCGAUUUGAUCAUUUGACACAUUUGCGCACGUUGAUAGUCAAUUGUCGCUUUUUCCCGGAGUAUCCCCAGCAGGAGGAAGUAUUGGCCCUGUACGAAGCCUGUGAAAAGCAAGUAAAGGCGGCCCUGAAAGGCUUCAGCGAAUCAUGGAACAAAUCGAUCACAACCGAUAUGGCGUCCUGGUAUCAGCGAAAUCUCAUCUGUCGUAGUAAUCUGCGACCGGGGCUGUUCGAGGUGAACAUUGAGCGUCGCCUACUUGUGCUCUUUGACGAAGCGUACUACUUUAAAACCUUGGGCGUAAAUGUACCAAUGAGCCUGGAUCUGGAAAAACACGAAAACACCCGGCUGACAUUUGACAAUGUGCUCCGGUUGGUGCUGUACUUCAAUGGUGUCGUUUCGUCCAUAUCGGACAAAGAGCGCUUGUUUUUCAAGCCCAUGAUACAGCAAACGGAGCGCAAACUGGAACCGCUUCGGAGCAAACUCACCUGGGAGGAAGAUCUCAGCGAGUUCAUAGAGGGAUAUGUGGUGAAUGUGCGCGAACUGCUGGACCUGAUCGAGUUGUACAAGCGCGAAAAUCACAAGAUAUCAUCACUGGUAGAACGAAUUUAUGCCAUGAUUUUUGUGCGUCUUGAACAACAACAUCCGGUCAAUAUGACGCAGCUCAUGAACAGCGUAGCGGAGCAGAAGAAGACGGUGUUCACCGAACUGCUCGAGGUGCUGACAGAAGUAAGCCAGAACAUUUUCACCGUGUACGACAGUCUUGGUUCGAACAUACGCAAGAUGGGGACGAUUUGGGAACAAUAUUUGCACAAAAUUGAUAAACUACUUAGGGCGGCCAUUUUCACCUGCACCUUAAACACGCUACGCGGUGUCCAAACGUCACUCGAGAAUGCUCACUCAAAUCCUAUGCUAAUGAUAGAGAUUCUACUGAAGAAAGAAGGCGCCGUGUAUGAACCAUCGGUGGAAGCGAUAGAGCAGACAUUAAGACGCCUUACUGAGGAGGUCUGUCUGACGAUCCGACCUGUACCUAGUAUGGCCCGUCGUUAUCAGCUGGAUAAUGGUGAUCGUAGCUUCUACUUACAGCUACUUGAGCAUCCCGACUACAUCCAAAUCACUAGAUCUAUUGACGAAGUAAUCAAUGAUACGGUGCGGCUCUUGCGGACCUAUCAAUCGAAGUGGAACGUAUUUAGGCCCUUCUAUGGCGUAGAUAAGGCAGCAUUUAUCGAGCGCUUCAAACUAACAGCUAUGACGUCGGAAGCAUUCCAGAAGAAUAUCGAAAAGUUCGAAGAGCUACAGAACCAACUUUCAACGCAGGGCGAUUUUGUUGUGUGUCGUUCGGUGGAAAUAGACGCACUGAAGCUCAAGUACGCUCUCACAACUCACAUUGCCGAGUGGCAGACAAACUACAUCGAGUAUUUGAAAUGUAUCGCUUAUGGGAAAAUUAUUGACUUUAACAAUAUUUUGAAGAAAAACAUCGAAGAUUUACGUCACGAGCCGAUGGAAGUGAUUGAGUUGAAGCAGCUUGAGGAACGCUACCAGAUCUGCUUCGACGAGCUGCCAGAGAAAGAGCAAGAAAUUGGAAUAAUUCUAAAGUACUUCGUGGUGUUGGAAAAGUAUGUCGCCGAUUUGUUACCGGAAGCGUACGAAUUGCGCCGUAACAUUGACCACAUUUGGGCACAGUAUCAAUCAGAUUUGAAAGAAAUUCGAGAGCAAAUAGAAAAUUACCAGGAUCAGUUCAAGCUGUCGAUGACCGGAGCGGCCGAUGCGCUCAAGGUGGAUGCACUGCAAAUGCUGAAGAUGCUACGAGAAGAAAUGCCCACUUCGGAAGACUCGACUCCGGACGAAGCAUUCGAAGCAAUUGACCGUUUAAUGAUGCAAUUGGAAGUGCUAGAACGCCGCGAGCGUGAGAUCGAGGAACGGAUGCGGUUGCUCGGUGUCGAUUAUGUGCGGUUGCCCGCUCUGCAAGAAAUUCGUUCCAAGCUAGAAAAUCUACGUCUUGUUUGGAUGCUAGUACAAGAGUGGCGGAUCGAACGGGAUCGUAUAAUGGCCAAAAGCUAUCGUACAGCGGAUGAGAACGAACUGAACCUGUUGUCAGGCCACUUUCGACAAACAUACGACAAGCUUGCUGAAGGUCCUAUUGGACAGGAAACGUUUGAUGUGUUCUUGCGCGUGGGUGAAGAAAUUUCACACUUCUGCAUCACGGUUACGAUCGUGUGCACGAUGCGGGCCUCCUUCAUGCAACAGCGUCACUGGCUCAAGGUAACAGAAAUAGCGAAAUGCGAGGGGGCAAGCGAAUUACCAGGGUCACAGUGCAGUUUCCAUGUUAUGACCGUGCUGGAACUGUACAAUUACGAGGAAGAGCUGUUAGAUCUGUGCUUUGCCGCACGUAAGGAACACGAGGUAGAGCUAGAACUGGAAGCGAUUGCCGUACGAGUCCGGGCAAUUGAAUUCAACAUUCGCCAAACAGCAAAUGGGGCCGGAUUUCUUGAGCUACGCAGCCCUGGCACCCAUUUCACCACGCUGGCGGAUAACAUUGGGAUCAUAAAUCGACUACGACGAUCGCCCCAUCGGCACCCGUUCCAAUCGCUGAUCGACUAUUGGGAGCACACGCUGGGACUUCUGGAGGAGAUGUUGGAGAUAAUUAUGCGCAUGGAGUACGAGUGUCGAACGCUGCACGAGCUGCAUCGAAUCACCCAAGGCAUUGCGCGCGGUUCCAAGAUGGAUGAUUUCAACGAUGGAUUUCGAAAAUGUUUCGCUCAAUGGUGUGAACUGAUGCGCUACAUUUCGACUGCGAGACUCGUGGAGGACGUGUGCCCGGUAGGACAAGAAUUCAUCGGUGAACUUGAGUCCGUUCGCAAGCGGCUCAAUCACCAAGCUAAAGCAUUGAAUGAUGUUCUGUGCGAACAGCGUGAAAUUUUCCCGCGGUUUUAUCUGCUCUCGGACAACCAACUCGUCCGUUUGAUCUCAGCUCCAUUGAACUACACACAGCUGGAGCAAUCAUUACCGAUCCUGUACGAAAAUGUUACACGGUUUCAUCUGCUAGAACGGGGAAAACAGAACAUCCCAAGCAUUGGUGGGGUGUACACUCGGGACAUGGAGUAUCUACCGUUCGUUGGAUCUCCUCCCGAUCCAGUACGAGAACCGGAUGGUGUGACUGAAUUCAUGAACGUACUCGAGUGUCACAUCCACGAUGCGAUGCAAGAUUUAUUGUCGACAUGUCAUACCGCUUUACGGCGGGGCUACUUUAGACGGGUGGAGUCCGGGUGGUUGCGUAGCUGGCCGUUGCAGCUAUGUCUGAAGAGUGCCGAGCUGCAGCACACUCUGCAUACCAGGAAUGCCUUGGUGCAGUGCAGUCUGCUCGGCAAGAAAAAACCGUUGAAAAUGUUGCGUGCAUUGCACACUAAGCUACUUCAAGAAUUGACGGCUUCGGCUUGCACAAACAAAGAACAGUGGCAAAGCAAGAAGCUGAACGAUUUGCUGGUUCUUGAGCUGAACGCGCGUGAUCUGAUCGAGCGACUAUGUCGUCGAAAGGAGCUGCACGGAUUGGAAUCCUUCGAGUGGAUUUCCCAGCUGCACUCGUACUGGCAUACAACAGGCCGUAAGUGUAUUAUGCAGCUGCUUGAUGCACGCUUUUCCUACGGUUACGAAUGCAAACGCACCACCGAACCUAUGCUGCUCACACCUGUCAGCGAGCGGGCUCGCAUGGCAACGAUACAUGCGCUGAAAUCUCGACAAAUUCCACUGCUCCUAAGUACAUCUGGCGGUUGUGGUGGACGACAAGUAUUGUUGGAAAGUUUAGCACACGCUCUUGGUGUUUUCCUCCUCACAAUUGAGUGUGAUGAAAAUUCUCACAUGGAGAAUCUAAUGCGCAUGGUUGAUGGUGUUAGAAUGGUCAGAGGAUGGCUAGUGUUUAGAUGCUUCGAGCGGUUGUCGAAUGCUAUCGUAGCUCAAAUCAGUGAUCAUGUACGAGAAACGAUAAGUGCACAGCGAAAACCAGUUACGAUUAAACGGAAGCAUGUAUCAAGAGAACGAUUUCAGUUGUUUGCACUUACCAGUUCCGGUAGUCUGCAUUCCAGCAAGAAGAUGACGCAGGAACUAGACAGAACACUAUACCGGCCCGUUUAUUUAACCACCGUUGACCGAGUGAAAGUGAUCGAAUCUUGGCUUUGGCUGGCUGGAUGUGAGCACUGCACACUGAUUGCUAAGUUAAUCGAACUUUUUCUUUGUCAAAUGAAGAUUACGAAUCCGAACUUAGUAUCGAGAGGAACAUUUUCGUUGCGGAAAUUAAAACAACUAAUUGUAAACAUGCGAUCUGUCAAACUAAGCCCGCCGGUAAACAUCUGCAAAACGAAUGACGUCACAGUACAAGGAUGGAGUGUAGAGAAGCAAGCAUUCCUUUCCGCAUUUGUGAAUACGUAUAAAGGUAGUAUUACAGAUGAAGAAAUGCAAAAUUGUUAUCGUAAUUUGUGUCUUGUUUACGGCGAGUUUGAUGGCCGUUCGUCAGUCGCUGACCAAGAGCUCAUAACCAUGGUGCGAAAUCAAAGUAAAGCAUUGAAAUACAAGCUUUCAGAUCGUAUGAUUGACAAGGUUUUGCUGCUGCAUCAGUCACUUCUUGCAGUGGGCCGUCCGAUAAUGGUGACCGGGAUGUCUGGAACGGGCAAGAGUGCCUGUAUUGAUAUCGCCCUGGGCAUAGCGAAGCCCGCCUACGAAUCGUACCGCCUUAUCCCCAACACAUUACGAAAGUCCGCGCAGCCUGGUGUAUUUGACCGGGAAUGGCUAGACAACAUCAUACUGACUAGCUUGCGUUCUCCGUCUGGCAGUGAGUGCAUCGGUAGAAAGUGUUUGAUAUUCGAUAGCGUACCGUGCGGCGAAUGGAUCGAUUGCGUCGCCCAGCUAGCCCGCUCCGGGCACUAUAUGAGCAACGAUUUUACGCAGAUGACGACCGAUGGCCCUGACCGUGGCGUGAAAGUGAUCGUCGAGUGCGUUGGUCCGCUUCAUACGAUGACGCCCUCGACGGUGUCACAUUUCGCUCUAGUCCACAUCGGUAACGAUGAUCUCGGUUGGAUCGAUGUGGUAGAGGUUUGGUUGGAGCAGAAGCCUCAGAUCCUGUUGCGUGAGAAGUUACAUGAACUGGUGACGAAAAACAUGCAAUCCCUUCUUUCGUUCCGCCGUCACGAAUGCCAAACAAUUGCAACUGUCGGCGAUGUGGCGCUGGUACGUACAUUCUGCCAGCUGUGUGACAGUCUGCUAGCGCCAUUUGAUAUGAGCAAAAUAUGGCGCCCGGAGAGCGGUGAGACGACGCUACAGCAGUGGUCGGAAGCACUGGUGAAGGUGUUCUUUUUCUGCGCCGUUUGGUCCAUCGGUGGUUCGAUGGAUGAUGAAGGUAGUCGGAGUAAAUAUGAUUUGUUGCUCCGGGAGCAGCAUCCCGAGGCGGGGUACCCGUUAAAGGGAAACGUUUACCAGUUGUAUGUUGACCUUCCCGAGGGCACGUGGCGGUCGUGGGAUUCAAAACUGUUGCCCCAGAUACCCACAGAAACGUUGGAAAGAUCAGGCAACGGAGAUAGUCGGAACAUUUAUCGUUGCGCAUACGUACGAAGUCCCCUCACGAUCGCUUAUGAAUUUCUUGUAAAGGCACUGAUGAGAAAUGGAACACCCGUUCUUCUAGGUAGUGAGACGGCUGUUGGAAAGACGGCUCUUGUGCAGGCCAUUUUAUCAGAGUUGGAGCAUGAACGAUGGGCCUCGAUGAGGAUCGUUCUAACGCAAAGAACAACGCCCCUUCAACUUCGCAAACGUUUACGAUGUCAUGCGCUGAAGAUCAUGAAAAAUCGUCUAUAUCCGGCGGAACGCAAACGUAUGGUUUGCUUUUUUGACGAUCUUCAUACCAUUCCUUCGAACCCAUAUGCGGUGGAUGAGUUUAUCCGAGGCUUUAGCGUUUCAGCCGGGUGGUACGAAUCGUCCACUUCAAUGUGCAUAGAGCAAUGUCAAACGCUACUCGCCAUGCGCCUCCGCUAUUGUCACUCGCCGACCCCUGCCAACAUGCAAUGUUUGUUAAACAAAUGUCAUCUCCUGGUCAUGACACCUCCGGCCGAGGAACAGCUUGGACAAAUCUUCACCGAUAUGAUACUGUCAACCCUGGUAGAGCCAGCAAAACAUGGCUCCGUGCUCAGACUGCUGGCGCCAGCAACGGUAGACUUUGUUGGGCGCCUCACGCGAAGACUUGCGCCCACACCGACACGGUUACGGUACCAAUUUUCACUACAGACAAUCGCAGCCAUAGUCCGUUCGGUGUGCCAUUGUCUGGGCGCUGACGGUCGGGAUGCUUAUCUGUCAGAAAAGGCACAGCUACUGCGGCUGUGGAUACACGAAUGUUACCGGGAAUCGUGGGAUAGGCUGGAACGGGCAGAUCACAGGAGGUUCUACGAGCUGCUUAACGAAACCGUAUCGGGCUACUUCGAGGUUACACUGCACGGAUUGUGUCCGAACAAUCAGAGUCCAAUUUUUACCGACAUGAUGCACGGAAAGCCGAACAAGAAUCCCUACGAAGACGUGCGGGAUGUUAAUCAAUUGAUAACCCGCGUCGAAGAGCGAUGGAUUGAAGUUUCCGAUGAUUCCACGAAAAACCUCAUCAUCCACCGAGAAGCCAUAGAACACACGACGAAAGUGCUCCGCAGCAUUCGACUCGGUCAGGGCGGCAUGAUACUCAUGGGUCAUCCCGGUGGCGGUAGAACCGUGGCAUGUCAAUUCGCAGCCCGUCUUUCCACGUACAAACCGAUCACUCUUCAUCGGUUAAAAGUAAAGGCUCGAGAUGAACCGGAAGCGAUUGAGAGUGAGUUUUCGAGACUGUUUCAAGCGUGUCUGGGUCAGCAGGGUAUGGUGUUGGUGAUGGUGAAUCUCGACGACACCGUAGAAGCGGAACCAAAUGAACGACUAAUGGAGCUGCUCGGUGGAAUAAUAGCCGGCGAAGAGUUAGGCGUGCUUUUUUGCGAAAGCAACACAAGCGAGCAAAGAAAAAUACCAGCAGAAGGGACGGACGACACGGGUACAGUUGACUGGCAGAAAGUACGGAGCAAUUUACACUUUGUCCUGUGCUUACCUUUGGAAGUAGCCGCUUUCAGAAUUAUUCUUCAGCGCUAUCCUUCGCUGGCGCGUGGUCUUACUGUGGACUGUAUGCACGAUUGGCCGGAGGCGUCGCUACUGGAGAUUUCUAAGAAGUACCUGCUCAAGAACGUUCCACUCAACGUACCCAUUCAGGGCGCGGAAGCUGGCGAUACAGCCAAGAAGGCCCGAAGAAGAGAAAGCUUGGUCCAGAGUACCGAGGAGCGGCUCCAGAUUGCGACGCAUGAUUUAUUGUUCCGCAUACAUUAUGCCGUCCAAACGGAGGCGACUUUGCCAACCGCCGCUAAGCGAAAUAUAAUUGCACCCUGCAGUUGGUAUUUCGAGUUGCUUGAUACAUUCGAAAGAGUGUUGCGUGAAAAAAGGCUCGAGUUACUGGCCCUUCAUCGUAAGUUCCGUGUCGGUAUCGAACGCAUCGAGGAUGCUACGCUAAAGGUGGCGAAUCUUUCCGAGGAGCUAGUGGAACGUCAGCGUGAGAUAGCGCUUUUUCAGGAGCAACUGGACGAGUUUCUGGAGGAAAUCGGUCGCCAAACGAAGGAAGCGGACGAACAAACGGAAGAAGUGUCGGUGAAGCGCGUAAAGAUCGGCGCAGAAGAGGUCGUUUGCAAACAGUUGGCCGAGGUUGCUGGAGCAGAUUUGCAGCGAGCGAUGCCGGCACUGAAUGCGGCUGUUGCUGCUCUUGAUUCACUCAACAAGAAGGACAUGAACGAGAUUAAAUCGUACAGCCGACCUCCGACGAAAGUGGAGUUGGUAAUGGAGGCGGUGAUGAUACUGCUCGGCAAGGAGCCUACCUGGGUGGAGUCGAAGCGUCAGCUGGGAGAGCAGAAAUUCUUGGACACGCUUAAAGGAUUCGAUCGGAACAAUAUAUCUGAGAAGACACUCAAAACAAUAGGCGCCUACGUUCGUAAUCCAGAACUGGAACCGGAUAAGGUAGGAACUGUCUCUAAGGCGGCCAAGUCGUUGAUGCUCUGGGUACGUGCGAUAGAGAAUUACGGCAAAGUCUACAAAUAUGUAGGUCCGAAAAUUCGUAAAAUGGAAGAAGCUAAUGCGUCGCUUUUGGAGAAGCAGAACGAACUUGCUGCUGCUGAGCGCAAGCUGAUUGAGCUGGCGGAAAAGUUGGCCCUGUUACGCGCCGAGUACGAUGCAAAGAUUGCCGAAAAGCAAUUGCUGGAAGAAACAGCACGCCAAAUGGCAAUCAAACUGAAACGCGCUCGCAAUUUGGUGGAUAAUUUAGCCGGUGAACGUAUCCGUUGGCUAGCGACCAAGACCGAACUUGAGGCUAGUUACGCGAGACUGAUCGGCGACACAUUGCUAGCGGCCGGUUUUCUAACCUACCUCGGUCCGGUGAAUAUCGAAACACGUACCUACUUUCUUGGGCAGUGGUUAAUCGACCUGGAAACGCUGGAUACUCCCUUCACCCGACAAUUCUCGCUGGCUGCCUAUUUUUACGAUCCGGGCGUGUUGAUCCGAUGGCACGAGAAUGGUCUUCCGCCGGAUGAUUUUUCCGCGGAAAAUGCAACCAUUUUGAUGAAAAGUACGCGUGUCGGGUUGAUUGUUGAUCCACAGGAAGAAGCCCAGAAGUGGUUGAUUGCGGAACUGGAAGGGCGCGUCAAGUUGGUUGACUUUGAUGACGAAAUUUGCGAGUCUAUGUUGGUGGAAACGUUUGAACGGCACGAACCACUUAUGGUGGAAAAUAUAAACCGUCAGAACGUGUGUCAGUUGGAUGAACUGUUCCCACUGCGCGACUCAGUGGUGGCAUCCUGUGUAAAGUGUCGCGAAAAAAAUCAUUCUGGCGUAAUGGCGCAUCCCUUGUAUCUGGUUGGACUAGAGUCGCUACGUAUGUCGGGUGCGUUGUUGAAGCGUGUGAAUCAGUUGAGCUUUGUUCUGGGAGCAGAGGGAUUGGAAAUGAAACUGUUGGGAUUACUAGUACAAAGUGAAAAUCCUUCCCUCGAGGAACGCAAGGAACUACUGCAACAGACGAUAGUGCAAAACAAGAAAACGCUUGUGGACCUUGAGGAACAGAUUUUGCGUAUAUUGAACGAAAGUAAAACGCCACUGCUAGAAGACGAAGAGUUGUAUCAUGUGUUGGAAAGCUCUCGGGCAACGUUCGAAACGGUUUCGAGUGGAUUGCAGCAAGCAGAACAGACCCGACGUGAGAUCGAAAAUUCACGCGAAGUUUACCGUGCUUGUGCUGCCCGUUCAGCAUUGCUAUUUCUCGUCCUUGGUGAUCUACAACUGUUCAAUCCCCUCUAUCGCUACUCUUUGGAAUGGUAUCAAUCUCUGUUCCUGAUUUCUCUCGAACGAAGCGGACGCGUGCAGCAGGUUGCGGAGAGAAAGCGUCGGAUCGACGAUUAUCAUUCCUUCAAUGUGUUUAGAAUUGUUUCGCGCGGGCUGUUUGAAAAUGAUAGAAAGCUUUUCGCUUUCUACUUGUGCAUACGGCUACUGUUCGCAGAUGAAGCGAUGAGUCCACGAGAGUUUCGCUUUCUGAUAUUCGGGGCGGGCAAAAUCGACCGCCAGGAACAGAUGGAAAAUCCUUGCCGUAUUUGGCUAACCGACACGCACUGGGAUCAGUUGACCGAUUUGGAUCGGCUUCCAGGGUUUCACGGUAUAAUGGAAUCAUUCGCUGAGCUACCAGAUGAAUGGAAACAGUGGUAUCUUUCUUCGGUGCCGGAAGUAUCGCCACUCCCCGGGAAUUGGGAGAUAAAUCUGAAAAAGUUCCAAAAGUACCUCAUCGUGCGGAGCUUACGCUUGGACCGAAUUGAAAGUUGUAUGAAUGAUUUCACACGAGACACAUUGGGAGUGAAAUACGUAAAUGUUCCCGUGGGUACACUAGAGGAUGCCUUUCAGGAGUCUACCUCCCAAACUCUUAUUUUACUGCUUCUGCGGGGAAAUUCCAAUCCGCUUGCGAAGCUAGAGCGAUUGGCUCGAAAAUCUCACGGUUCGUCCAUGGCAGCAGGAAAAAAAUGUUUCGAGACACUGGCCAUAACUGACGACCGGAUAGAAGCGUUCGUUGGUCUGCUCCAGCGAAGCAUUAUGGAUGAAUCAUGGCUGUACAUUAGCGAUUGUCAUCUUUCAGAAACAUUCCUGAAGCAGUUGUCCCACGUGGUGGCGUUCUUGAAGCGCAAUAAUCUCAACUCCAAGUUUCGCCUGUGGCUUAGCACCAAGGCACACGAGGCACUGCCCUUGCAAGUUUUGCAAAACUGCAUCAAAUUGGCAUACGAGGAACCAAAGGGUAUUAAGCAUCAUAUGGGAAAUCUGUACGACGAGAUCGGUGAGGGACGGUUCAAAAAAUCGACAGCAGCGAUGAAACAAAGUUCCACGAACGUCGCCACCACCGAGACACACUACAAGCGUUUGCUGUUCACGAUGGCUUUUCUGCACGGUCUACUGCUCGAACGGAACAACUUUCAACAACUGGGAUGGCACGAGUCUUACCAGUUUGUCAACAAUGAUUUUUGUCUGGCGGAGAGCCUUCUUUCGUACGGGCUGGAGAAGUUGCUCGUGAAGAAAGUUCCCGACCCACGGCAUCAUCGUGGCAAGGGUGGUCGCACAAACGCGAAAGCCUCGAGUGCGGACGUUAGCCUCGAGGACGAUUUUCACGGUUUGGAUCAGGGCGAGGAUGAGCAACAGCAUGAUGCGACGCCCUGGCAGUUCAUAAAGGGUGCCGCCCUGGAGCUUUGCUAUGGUGCUCAAAUCGGAUCGCACUGGGACCGUCGCGUCUAUGAGACGUAUCUGGAGGAACUCUUCCAUCCGCGACUGUUGACACCGACGACUGUCGCGCCACCUUCGCCUGGACGUGGUUGGUUCCGGUUGCCACGGGACGGAGUGUACCAAACGUACGUGGAGUUCAUCGGCACCAAGCUGCCAGACCGCGACGGCAUUGAUGUCUUUGGCCAGCACGAGAAUGCAAACAUUAAAUAUUUGAAAUCACGCUCCGACUACAUGCUGCAGAUGCUAACCAGAGUGGCACAGGACCCAUCGCAUCAAGGGCCAGCCCAGCAGCAGCAACAGCAACCAUACGUUGGGCAGGAUCAUGAGCGCACGAAGCAAACAAUCUCGGACCUCUUAUCGACACUUCCUGCUCACCUGGACUACGAGAAUGCGCUCCGUAUUGUAGGUGCCGGCGCAAACAGAACGUCCGUUUCGGAUGCAUUGCUGGCGGAGGUUCGCACCUACAAUACCGUCCUUACACUGGUGCAAUCCGACUGUCACUGUCUGUCCCGGAUGCUGGCGGGUGCAACGAACGAACUGUUGGAUGAAGAUACCGGCAGAUGGAGCGUACUGUUAGAAGCACUCCGGGUAAACAAGGUUCCCGAAAGUUGGGCUACAAGUGGUGAAGCAGAAGCGAGCUCCUGUGUGACUGUGGUUCAUGUGUCACUUUCGGAUUGGAUAUUGCAGCUAAAAGAACGCAUCGGAUACUUCCGACGGUGGACCGAAACGGGUCAGCUUCCGGUGGAGAUUUUGUUGGGUCGGUUCAGUGAUCCGAAGCGUUUCCUAAACGCUGUAUUGCAGCACCAUGCUGCAGCGUACGGAACUCCUUUCGAAGAACUGCGGUGGGAUUUUACGAUAUAUAGUACGAACAAACCGUUGGAGCGUAUUCCGAUUCAGGAUGGCUUCAUUGCCUGGGGAUUAAAGCUGGAAAAUGGUAGCUGGGACUGGGAGAAGCAAACACUGGUCUUGCCGGACAUUUUGGAGAUGACUUGUCCGAUGCCACCGAUUGCCUUCCGUCCUAUUCGAAGGUUCGCCGAAGCAAUUUCCGAACCAUUGCCAUGUUACCAAUGUCCAGUGUUUCACAGUUCGGAUCGAAGUGAAGAUGCUUUUAUUUUAGUCCUUCCAUUGGCAGUAAGUGAGCAACAGAACGAACAGGGUUGGAACAUGUUUAAUACGGCGCUGCUAUUGAACGAUUAG